AUGGGCCAAGUUCAAGAGGCUCAGAAUUCAGUGGAUGCACAAGAGGUUCAAAAUGCGUUGUAUGAACAAGAGGCCCAAAAUCCAGUAGAAGCAGUGGUAAUGCAAAGUCCACAACGAAAUGUGGAAACGCUUCCAUCCGAAGAAAACUCAGGUUCGGCUGAGAAGCAGGCGUGGGUUGAAGCCCCAGUAAAGCUGAUGCUUACGUUAACCGAGGAGCUACGGCCUAAAGUGGGGAAGAGCGCAUCCGUUAAAAAUAAAACUAAAAUGUGGAAACUUAUAACUGAGCGUAUGGCAGAGCAAGGGUAUAUCUUCACAACAGCGCAGAUUGAAAAUAAAUUUCGAACAAUGGAGGGCAAUUUUAAGAAGACGAAUCUGCACAACAAACAAACAGGCAGAAAUAGGCUGACGUGUCCAUACCAGAAUGAAUUGGAGAAAGUGCUUGGCGAGCAAAGAGGUAUAAAUCCCGAUUUCGUGCUCGACAACGAAGAGCUGGAAGGGGUUUCUCGAGACGCAGGCCCACCAGCAGAAAGCAGUUCUGAUGCGGAUCCAUCUACGAAUGAUGAUGUGCCAAGUUGUGCUCCUAAGCGAAGGAAAGUAGGAUCCAAUGAGCGCACGUACGAAAAAAUUGAGGAAUUGGCAAAGGAAAGAAAGGAGUACCACUCCAACGUUUUGGAGCUGUUGGAGAGAAAAGAAGAGAGAGCACAACGGAAGGAGGAGAUGGCACAGAGGAAGGAAGAGAUGGCACGAAAGAAGUUGGAGUUGCUAGAGGCUCUCGUCAAGCAAAAUAAGCAUUAAUA